AGCAGCAGGAGUGGUGUCCGUCCUGGUGGAUGUGGACGCUCUGAUCUCAAGUGUCACUGAGAGCAAAGAGUCUUUAAGACUCGUCCCACAAAAAGGAAGAGAAGAAAAGAACGACAGAAGAGGAUCUGAUCACCAGGACAAACUUUUUUCUUCUUUCUACAGGAUGAUCUAUUGCCUCCCUAACCAACACAGAGCCUGAAGCUGCUGCAGAAUAAAUCCUUCUCCACCCGAGGGACGAAUAAAGAAGAAGAAGAAGAAGGAAAGAACAACAACAAAAAAAGUGUUGCCUUUGGGGAGUGUUGGAUAUAUUACCCUGCUCUGAAGUCCAGAAGAAAAGAGGAAUAAAGAAAAACAAGUGAAGAGAGAAAAAAAGGGAAACAGGUUUCUCAUUGUCAGAUCAACCCAAAGAGGAUGUUGAGAUAUGUUGCAUCGACUCAGGUGCAAAGAAAAGUAGAUUUAAAGAUAAAAAUAGAGACAGAAUAACAGAUUUACUUUUCAUUUCAAAGGCAGAAAAAGGAGAAAUAAAGCUGAAAAGCAACAAGACAGGAGGAGAACGUUUUCUGAUGUCAUAGACCAACGUUUGUGAGAACUUCACCCUCUCAUGUCCAGAUAAAGAAGGAAGAGCGUGAAUACAGAAGACAGGUAAUUAGCGUGAAAAGUAAAGGACAUUUUUUUUUAAAAAUAUAUUAUUCUGGAAGAAAACAACUGGACGCAAAAACAGGAAAAGGACAAAAAAGCUCAAGUGAAGAGACAAAAGUGAAGGAAUAAUAGGAUACAGAGGAAAAGAGGAACAUCUGGGGAUAUAAGAGGAAAAAAGAGGACCAGGAGGUUUAGGGCAGAUACAGAGAAGAAAAGGAAUAAUCAAGAGAGAACAGAAAAAGGGAGAAAGGGAUAAACCAAGAGUGAAGAACAAAACAAGGACGAAUUAAAAGAAGAAGAACUGAGGAGGAAUAAUCACAAGUGAAAAUAUCAGACGUUAAAGAACAAGUAGAUCCCUGGUGUGAGAAUGAGGCUCCUGCUGCUUCUCGCUGCUCCGCUCAGCAUCCUCAGCCUCCAUGUUUCCGUCACGGCCUCCACAGGCAGCGUGAUGGUCCCGGACCGGCUGGAGCACUGGGUCCACUCCGGUCUCCAGUCUCUGCAGUGGGACCAGCUGGACCGGUGCCUCCGCAUGUCCUCACUCUCCGAGGCAGAGUGCAGGCAGCUCGCCCACCUCCCGCUGUCUGCCGUGGCCGUUUACGUGUCGGAGCCACGCACCACCGCAGGUUCCUCAGACAAAGUUGUGGCCAUCCUGCCGGACUCCUCAGGUGGGACAGUGAGCUCCAAACCUCGGGGAGGUUUCGGGGUCAGCCAGAUGCCGAAUGGAGGGGACGGUCCCUACAGACACCAGCAGCCUUUUCCUGGAUCCAUGGCCCACGAUGCCGUCCUGGUGCUGGAUCCGAGGCCCGGGGAAAACUUUGGACAUCCUGUGGUCCUCUUCUACUUGGACGUGAACAUGACAAAGAAGAGAUGUGCCCACCUGGACGGCAUUUACCUGGGUGAGGAGUGCUUGACUCUGGCUCUGAAGGGUCGUUGUCAGAACCAGCUGAAGCGUCGGCAAGCCGGGCCAGAGAGGCUCAUGGGUAACGGACACAGCCGGCUGGCAGGUGGGGCCCGUAUCAGCACCACUGGUGGCGGCCGGCUGGUAGAGCGGACCGUCGGAGGGCUCUGCGAAGUCCACUUCCUGCCGCUGGUUGUCGGGGUCGGAGACAGCAACCGAACACAGAGACUUAGAUGUGUGGACCACACAGAGUUUGCGAGGUGUCCUCAGCCGCUGCCGAUGGGCUCUCCAAGUUUGCCUGUCUCCAGCUGCGAGCUGAAUAAAAACACUCGCCGCUGCCACCAGCAGCCGCUCGCCACUCACCUCUCCUGCCGGCUCUACCAGACCUGUGACCACGCCGUGCUCAUAUCGGGUGGCUGGCAGCAACAGAUGACGUUCCAGCAUCACGUUGAAAAUCUUCAGGGGUUCUAUAAAAUGCUCCGGAACAAUGGCUUCCAUAAAGAUCACAUCAAGACCUUCUUUGCCAGCAGUGGACAACUUCCUGAGGACAUAGAGGGCGUGUACUCGGCAACAGAGAAAGCGGUGAUUCGUAACCACGUGUCGUACGUCUGCAGGAAGCAACACUGUGCCGACACACUGGUUCUCUACCUGAACUCGCCAACACGCAACGAUGGCACCAUGCUGCUGUGGGACGCCAACCUCAACGGCAUUGCUGAUCUGAAGGAGCGAUACUCGGUCAAUGAGCUGCUGGCCGACCUGGCCGGCUGCAGGGCCACUCGCGUCCUGCUCUUUGUGGAUCAGAGCUACAGUGGCGUUCUGUCCAAGAGGCUGCGAGGGUCCCAGAAACACCUCAACGUGGUCCUGAUCCCAAAGCAGCCGCGGCAGACCCACAACCACCACAACCAGAGGGUGAACAUGGGCUCGGAGGAUGGCAGCUGGUCCUACAUCCACCCUGCAAACUGCCUGCUGGACCACCUGGGGAAGGCUGCAGGGAUAUCUCAUUUGCUGGAGCCGUGGGCCGGCCUUCUGAACGUGACCCUGGCGGGCGCCCCCUGCAACGCCACGCCGCCGCUGACUGACGGGGAGAUGCGACGAGAAUACCAGGGCUGCCAGAACCUGCCGACCGCGCUGUGGCACCAGAAACACAGGCGGACCAACUGAGAGAGAGAGACACUGAGACUGACCAGGAGAGAGAGAGAGAGAGAGAGAGAGAGAGAGAGAGAGAGAGAGAGAUUUAUUAUGGACACACACACAAACACACACACACACAUACAAACAAACACACACUCACAGGACUCACACAAGGUGUUUGCGGUGUGUUGACUUAGGACUUAAGUUGCAGUGUGCUUUGUGGACACUGAAGUGUGUGUGUGUCCUAACUCUGAACUCGAAGACUGUAACCAUGGCGAUGACAGCUCAUCCCAAUGGGAGUGUCCUGAACGCCAUGUUGUGUGUGUGUGUUUGUGUGGGUGUAUGUGUGUGUGUGAGUUCAACAAGAGGACAACCACGCUUGGAGACUAUUGCUAGCUUACGCUCGGGUCAGUGUGUUUUUGCGCGUGCGUUUGUGUUUGUGUUAGUGUGUGUGUACGCCACAUCUCCUGGGCACUUUAACAUGUCAGAGCCAAUCAUCCGCCUCUAUUUUAAUCUUUACGACAUUUAUUACUUCUUCCUUCUUUUCCUUCAUUUUGUCCUUUGCUUUACCUUUUGUCUGCCACCUUCCUCCCACCGUCCCUCUCUUCUCUUACCUCCUUCUCACCUCCUUCUCGCCUCCUUCUUUCCUUCCUUUCCUUCCUUGCAUUUCUUAUUUCGCUCAGCUGCCUCCAUCUUUUCCCCUUCCUCUGUCGCUUUUUCUGACAUUUCUUUUUGUCUCCUUUUCAGUAUCUUUAUCCACUUUAUUAUCUCCUUCUCCCCAUUUAAAGUUAGAAUAAGAUGCUGGAAUUAAUUUGUCACAAGACAGCAAAAGGGACGAAACACUGAAACGUAAAAUGACUUUCCAUCCAUGUGUUGUGUGUAUUUGGGGUUUUUAUUUCACAAACUGACUAAAGUCUCCACUGUUGUGACACAUUUUUGGUCAAACUAAUACUUCCAACACCAACAGUGAGUUUUUUAUCUCAGUAUUCACAGUAUUUUUUUUCCACACUCCCCUGAUGUUUAUUCCGUAUAUUUAAAAUAUGAUUCUAUAUUGUUAUCAUGAAAAAACCAAAGCCAGCAGUGCAUUAGUCUGUCCAUCAAAACAUUUCAAGUUCCCGUCUAUCAUCCCUGAAACAGUUGGACUCUGACGUUUUCAGCAAACAUCACUCAAACAAUCAUGCAUGAAGAGGAACUAGUUUCACCUGUGGAUGAAAACACAUUUUAAACAUGUUUUAGUAUUUGUGGCGACAGGACUGAGUACACAUAGACUGUAAAUAGAGAUCGAGAGAUGGAGACAUGGUAGCAAGGGCCCACUUUUAUAUCAUUGAAUAAUUAAAUCCAAACGUAACACUUGGACAGAAACCAUCUUAGAGAAAAAUAUAGUUGACUUUUAAGUUUGGUUCAUGUCCCAUCUGCUUACAUGGAGGAGGCAGAGUUUAUGACCUAUAAUGCAGCCAGCCACCAGGGGGCGAUUGAGACAUUUUGGCUUCACUUUUGGUAGCUGUCACGUCGUCCAUGUUUAUGUACAGCCAAUGCGCCUGUGUUCAUCAUAAUGAGGCAGCAUGUGACAGUGUGGCUCAUUGAUUUAUAGAAGAUACUUCCAAGUUAUUGUUGAUUUUGGUCUUUUCACUGGAUUUAUAACAAAAAAAACUAAAAUAUCCUGAAAGAGAAAGCAACAGUGUCCAUAUGAAUUGAUAUUCAGUCAUUUUUCUGGAGAGGAGAGUCUCUACCGUAUAAGACUUUUUCAAUCAUUUGCAAUGUCAAUCAACGGCGCUGUGACAACCACAUAAGGUUUUUAACAAAUCCCCAGUUUACAUGAGAAGUGAGUAUUUGUAGCUACUUUCUUACAAGUCGAUAAUUCGAUAAGUCCCCGAUUUCAGAAACAGGAUUGACAAAUAAACUUAUGCCAUAAUGAAAUGAUGGCCAGCACUCCAGAAAAAUCUGGAUUUUACGUCCUAAUACCAGAGUGUCUGACGUCAGGAGGUUCACUUUUUUUAUAUGUAGAGGUGAAGGAGUUUUCAUGAGGAAGGACAGCAAGAUGGGCCGAGUCAGACGGGAAAUGACAGACAAGGAGAUUGGUUAGCAGCGAUCAUGAUUAAGAUAUGAAGCACUGAGACUGCCCUCGCUGCUACGCAGACUGUCUAUGGCAUUUUAAUAAAGACAUGUAAGUGUAUGUGUGUGUGUGUGUGGUCCAUCACAUGAAACAUGCACACGCUCUAACAUUAACCCAUCUCUACACUUACAACAUACGUGCUGGCUUUGCUGGAUCUUUGUGAUUUUUCUCUGUGCAUUACCUCCUGUCAUGUUUUAGUUUUCCUCGCAGUAACCACACAGAUCAUGAGCCACAGUCCAGAGUGCAUCUCCUUCCCUCCCCGCUGUGUUUCAUACUGAUGUUUCCUCAUUGUACUGAUUUUACUAUAGAGAUUUGUUUAUUCAAGCGACAGAGGUUGAACUUUCCAGUUUGCCGUGCAACAUUUUUGAAACGAAACCUCGUCCAACGAGUCGACAUGUGCAUAUUCACAGUUUGUGUAAUGAUCUGUACAGAAUACGAGAUGUAAUUUAGCUGAAAUGUUUCUAGUUGCAUGCAGCAUCACAAAAUCUAGUCAAUAAAAAAACUUUUAGAAAGCA